CGUGCGUGUAAAGAGAAAGAGAGGGAGAACUCGUCCCGUACAUUUAACGGCGGGGCACAAGGGCCGCUGUUUCCCAUCAGCCAAGUGCCGCUGUGUGUGUGUGGACAGGACAAUGGUGGGACAAGUCAUAGAGUGGCCGAGGGUUCGGAUAAAGAAGCCAGGCUGGCUGGUGAUCCCUUCUGCGACGACUGCGUUCAUCGCAACUAUGAUCGGUUACUUCGUACUGGUAUCAGGUGUGAUAUAUGACGUCAUUCACGAACCUCCGAGCAUAGGGAGCGGGAUUGAUGCUCGCGGACAUCAGCGCCCCAUUGUCUUCAAGGCUAACAGCCUACAUUCGCAGUACAUCUUGGAAGGGCUGGCUGCCGGCAUGCUGUUCUGUGUGGGAGGCCUGGGCUUUCUGCUGAUGUUGGCAGCUGAAAAGCCCUCUCUCUCACGCCUGCACCGCUACCUGUGCCUCUCUCUGGGCUGUGCGUGCAUGCUCGGCGGGUUCCUGGCCUCCAGGGCAUUCAUCCACAUCAAGUUCCCGAGUUACCUCAGAAGCAUGUGACCAGAAGUACAAGAGGGCAUUCAAUACCAUCGCUUUACACGCAGCCAAAACAAAAAUGAAAAUAAUACUUGCACGAGGACGAAUAGAAUUUACACAACAGAGCUUAUACAUGACCCGUGCGUGGCUAAUGAUUGUACAUGUCAGUUUAUUUGAGUUUUCUUAGGCGUUCUAUGGUUUAGCUUUUUGCUCAAACAGUAUAGGCGUUGAACAUUUUGGAGUGAUUCAAGUGUGACUAAUAUGCUGUUAUUGCAAUGUUGGUGGGGACAAUUAAUCACACACCAUAGAUUACCCUGAAGUUUAAUGCUCUCAUCAUAAUCAUCAUCAUCAUCGUAAUUAAUUUAACGUUCAUGGCAUAGUAACAGUUUUGCCCCAAGGAAAUGUGCCCAGUCUCAAAUAAGGCUUUGGCAAGCACACAGUGUACUGUCAUACGAAUUUUAUUUAUCAAGUGACUUAAUGUGACUACGUCUCAAGAUGCUUAGGGACCAGGAAAAGAGAUAUGUGUUGUCUUCUUGGUUCUUUCGGUAAAGUCACGUAGAAUGGAAAUAGUAAGAUAA